UUUGCUAAUCCAUGAGUUUCACAUAUGACAUUUGGUAAAUGAUAAUAAACAUGGCGUGCUGAUUAAGGAGCGUCGCUAAAAUAAUUUUGUUUAUUAGGUCAAAUCUCAUUUUUGUUAGUAUGCGGCAUAUUCGAUAAAGUAGGUAAUGUGUUCACAUAUUCGAGUAAGGAUACUUAAUGUAAAUGUCCGGAGAAGGUAAUGCGGCGCGCUGUGUGCGAAGGAUGUGCGUGCGGAUGAGGAGUCGCCGGGGCGAAGGCGCUUGGCGGUAGGCAAGGCGUGAGUGAUAUGCAAGCGGCGCCGGCGCGCUACGUGUCUGUGAGCGAGUUGUACACGACCGACGAAGUGGAGCUGUUGCUGGACGAGAUUAGAGAGCUGGAGCCCACGAGCUGCCGCGGUGAAGACGUGCAGGAUUUCGAGAUAGCCGGUAGCGGGUGUGUCUCGGGCGGGCUGUCGCCGGUGGGCACUGAGCGCUCGUGGGACUCCCACGCGCAGUACCGCGCCGCCGUCUCGCCCGGCGCCGGCCCCGCUCCCGCCCAGCUGUACUGUGCGCCGCGCCGGCUGCUCGCACCGCGCGCCGCCGCCUCGCUCGUGCUGGCCGGCGCCGGGGCCGCGGCUGCCGUCUGCGUGUGGGUGGCGGGCGGACGCACCGUGCGCUUGCCGUUGGCCGGCCGCCUGCGCGCGCUCCUGCUGGCUGCGCUGACGUCGGCACUGCUGCACGCCACGCUGGCGCUGCUGGCCGCCACGCGUCUGCAGGCGCAGCUCGCUCUCGACUGGCCCCGCGUGUGGUUGGUGGCCGCCCUAUGGACUGCAGUCUCGCUCACCUGCGGGGGCUCCCUCACGCUGCACGCCAUCGUCGCCGCUCCAGAAUACAGAUAUGCACCCAAAUACAUCGCUGACCUGCUGUAUGCUGCUGCUGGUCUGGCCCUGAGUAGCGCGGCGCUGGCGGUGGCGGUGGCGGCGGGCACGUGCGCGCGGCGCGGCGGGGGCGCGGCGUACCGCGCGGUGCCGGCCCGCGACAACCCGCCCUUAUAGCCCUUACUCUCUUCUACAUUAUGUAUUCCCAUACGUGUGGUGGCGGGCCGCGCGUGCCGACAGUUGGCGGGCCGCUAUGGCAAAUGUGUAAAACAUAGCUCAGGUAAAACAACUCGAAUUGAAUCAAAACUAGCACAAUUUUUUUAUUUAAUGUUUUAAGAAUAUAAAAAUUCUUCCAUCAAAUUAUUACGUAUAAAAAAAUAAGUUUAUUGCACAAUUCCUAUAAAAAAAGUAAUAACAGAUUUGAUUAUCAAUCCUUGAGCCUCUGAACUAAGAAUAAAUAAAUAAUUAAUGUAUUCUGUUACAAAAAGGAUAAAACGUGUGCACACAGAGAGCACAAGUUUCUAGUUUUUUCUAAAUAAGUUCAGUGUUUAUGUGUGCAGAGUUUAUCCAGUUGUGUGAACCUGACAAAAACAAAUAAAUAAAAACUGAUCAAAAGUAGAGGCUAUAUGAAAUUAAUUAAUGUAUAAUCACGAUAAUAACUUCUGGUAUCUCUUUAUGAGUUUUGCGUUGUGUGAGGGAUCUUAAACUUUCGAAAAAGUACGUUUAUCUCAUUCCUAGUUAAUGGACUAAUUAAUGGAACAGUUGGCGUGUAAGGCGUCCGCUGCGAGUCGCCGGCACGCUCGCAGUCGGCAUUUCCGCACGCGGCACGUCCGCACGCGGCAUUUCCGCACGCGGCAUUUCCGCACGCGGCAUUUCCGCACGCGGCAUUUCCGCACGCGGCAUUUCCGCACGCGGCAUUUCCGCACGCGGCACGUCCGCACGCGGUACGGCCGACGUCGCACGAUAAAUUGUUCGCCCGACAUUUUGCUCUCCCUUCACAUAACGCAGAACUCUCCAGCGACAGGUUGGAAUUGAGACCGGUGUAAUUUUUUACAGUUUUAUAUGUAAAAUACUAUGUAUUGUGUCCUUAUAAUAACUUAAUUUGAAAUGUUUCUUAAGAUAAUGUUGAAAGUGGAUAUACUUGUAAAAAUAUUCAUAAUACUUUUCAUAAUUUUCGAUUCAAUGACUCAAGAAAUUACUAAGUUUUUUUUAAUGGUUUUGAUAGUGAAAUAUUAAAUUAAAAUAACCAGACUGGAAGGACAAAAAAUUGUGAUCUCGUUCCAUCUCCAGCAAUUCGCGAGCUCCGUCGGUGCCAUCAGUCAGCGACUUGCUGGAGGUUACGUUUCAUCAGGAGACCCACGUGUACAAUAUAAUAAUAUUGCCUAAUAAUUGAGUCGUUUUUGUUGUGAAAUUGAGUCGUGUUGACACGCGAACCUGGAUAAUGAUAUGUUGAGGUGUAGCCUGGCCCGCGCCCGGGGGCAUCGGCAUGGGUUAGGGCGCGUGUACGGUGCGAGUUGUGUGCCGGUUUGUUUAUUGUAAUGUAUUUUAGUAAAGUAACGUCGAUACUGCCAUGUUCGUUCACGUCCAUUUUGUGUUUUGUCCGUAUUUUGUAUUCGAGGUCGAAGGGCGAGGGAUGCCGGGGGGCUCCACUGUUGCCCGGGGAUGCUGAGGACACCCACCGGAUCGUCCAACAACGCAUCCCUAAACAUAUUGUCCCGUCGGUUGCGCGUGCAAUUUCCGCACCCACUUCCCUGACAUGAAAGUUACUUUAAAGGUGGUCUGCGUGCUUGCGUCCAGCGGAUCCCUCAAAAUAGCAAAUUAGACAGAACGCAUUUCGCGUUUGGAUUAAAAUGAAUUUGUGUAUACCGACCAGAUGUUCCUGUGUGUAGUUGUAAGGCUCAGCAGUUAGGGCUGGUUUAGGGGUGCCUCUGGUGGCUCCUCCGGCUCGCUUCUGGUUAAGAUACCUGCAUCGACAUCUCUAUUAGCUGUAAUGAAGGCGACGAGCAGGCGGCUUGAUCCUUCGUUCCUCACUCUAGCAUCUCGUAUGAUCUCUACAUGUUCCAAGUCUGAUUUUGAAGCUAGUCCAUAUUGACGAUUGACUCUGUAAUGACUUAUUAUAAUUUUAAUGAUUGUAACGUGUAAUAAUGCCAUUUAAUCGAGUGUAGUUGUUUUGCACUUAUUAUAGACUUGUUCACAUCAUUUUUUAUCUAGUCAUAUUUUGUAAAUAAAAACUUAUUUUAUUAUGUUCACCGGCAAGAAUAGUCGAAAUGCGAAUUAAACAACAGUAUUAAAAUAAUAUUAUAAAUAAAAGAAUAUGUUUCAUUGGUACAUGUGACUGUCGGGUACCGAGUGACCCCCGCAGCGACCCCUCGUUGAAGGGUUACUUCAUUGCACAAAACAAAAGGGGGGACUCUUUUGUUUUUGUUUUUCUUCUUUUUCUAUUAUUUUUCCGAUGGGUUCGUAAUAAAUUUCAUGUUGUAAAAUACAUUUUAUAGUGUACAAUAAAUACAGGUACAUUUAAAUGAUAUUUUAGACUCUGAGGAAGUCAUGAAAACUUUCAGAGAAGAGCGGGGAUUUGUGUUGUUAUUCACAGAUUCGACUAUUUCUGUUUUAGAACUAAUAUUCGCUAUGAUUCCUAGUCCCUAGUUCAAUAAGGUGAAGCAUAUGUUUUCCUUGAUUUAAUUAGUUCCUUCUCAGAUUGAUUACAAACGUAUGAUAUAUUUGUUCAUUUUAUUAACGCUAUACAUAUACAACCGACUGUACGGGAAGGGUCAAUUUUUGUAUUCGUUAAUUGUUUAUGAACUUGUCUGUAGUAGAUAGCAUUGCUGUCAAUGUAGUCUCUUAAUAUUCCGUCAGCUUAUUUUUAAUUUUUAAUAAAUAGUUCCUACAUAUGAAAUUACUUGUAAUUGGCGCCCUAUUUUAUGAGGUUAAUAAGUAGAAACAUUUAAAAGACGUUAAGACAGUUCUCAGCCGAUGUUUUAUUUGGCAGAGGUUAGGUUAGGUUUGCCUUUUGGUGUUUUUCACUUAAAAUACUACGUCGUCUGACUGAUGAAAACGAUGCUGCUCGAUUCACUCAUAAAAAAACUUAUGCUGUCCGCUACAGUCAAGUCCAAUGUUUAAAUAAAACUGUAGCACCAAAAAAUCGUUAAUAAAGCUUGUAAUAAUAUACAUUUGCUCCAAUGAUAAUUAUGUAUAAUAGUCACAAAAACAUAAGUUCUAUGAAAUCGAUGAUAUUUGAAAUGUUAGGCUCGACACUGUACAUUUGUAACUUAUUGUCUUGCUCGACGAAAAGUUCGGUAAAAGUCUCAUAAUAGCUCUUUCCGCAUGUCGUAUCGGCGGACUCGGUGGCAAAUUCAAGUGACAUCUCGUUUCUAACUAGAUAACCAUUAACGAAUGAAGUACGCCUUUUGUGUGUGCACUCACUCACACGCGCAGUGGGCCGGCCGCGACGGUUGUCGCUUGUGUCGCUGUCCCCGGUCCGCUGACGCAGGGCGGGACGAGAGGCGGUAUUCGAACUCAUAAUGUAAUCUAAACUUUGGACCACAUAACAUCUGAUUUUAAUUUUUUUUGGUGUCGAGCCUCCCCCGGCGCCACGCGACAAAACUGGCGGUUACCGACUGUAACUACAAUUUUAGUUUUACGCCACCUUCGUAUUAGAUCGGACAGUAGAAUGAUUUUUGAUAACAUUUUAAUUAAAUACUCCUCACACGAGCUUACAUACCUAUUUCUAGUUUAGUUUUAUAAGAAUGAAAAUGUUGGUAAUAAAGCUACAUUAUGUUUGUUUUUUUUUUGUCCACAUCGAUUACGUUGUCUUGUACAAAACACAGCAUGACUGAAGUGUCGAUUCCCAAGCACAUUGUGGAGCCGGUUGCCGCGUCUCCUCGGUCCGAACUCUAUCGAUGUGAUCACUCAGAACAAUAUUAUGUUAGAUCCCCAUUAAAUCUACAUUAUAUUGUAAGGUACAUAUCACAAAAAUAAUUUUUUUGGUUAUUAUUUUUAUGACAUUUAUUUGUCGUCUGCAUUGUGCAAGGAAUCACAAAAUACUUUAAAACGCUACGUUUUUUUUCGUAAUUUUAUAUCACUUAAAGAUUUUUUCGAUAUACUUUGGUCACGUUUAUAGUUGUUUUUACUAGCAAUUUUAAUGUUUCAUAUUUUUUAAGAUACAUAUAUAUUAAUAAAUGAAUGAAGAAUUUAAAAAAGCAAGUUCUAUUCGAACCAAACACUGUUUGUGGUUUGUGUUGGUGAUGUUCGGAAAAGAAGCAACGAUUCAGUACUUUGGUUGGCGCGAGUUGUAGACGUAAUUAAAACUUCUUUUACGGUUUCAUAAUAUGUGAUUUAGAUGUAUAUGGGCAUUAUGUUUUAGAAGGGUGUAGUAAUGCCCUGAUAACAAAUAAAAUUGGAAAAAAAACGUAGCGUUUUUAUAUUUCAUUGUAAACGAAGCCUUAUUUAUAAUCAGUGUUUCUUAAACUUUAUUUUCAAGUUGAAAGUAUUAUAAUGUAAAAGUUGGAGCGUAACGUACAAUCCUGGACUCGCACGGCCCAGGGACCAAGUUGAGAAGCACUGGUGUUUGCGCAGCUUUCGUGUGUGACUGUAAUGUAACGAAAGAUAAUAAAUAUGUAAGCACUCCACUGAAAGGUCUGAUUCGUAAAAUGUCAACGAAAUGUGCGAAUCGUUUUUAAUUUAAACAUUUUAAUGAUAUUAAAUGGUUUUAUACAAA